AUGGUGGUUCCUGAACAUCAAGACAACGAUCCUCACAACGUUCUUAUUGAAAAAGAAGCUCAUUCCGAUCAGGUCGAUGCUGUAAUCAAGGAGACAGCCGAUCAAAGCAUCUGGGUCUUUGGCUAUGGUUCUCUCAUUUGGAAGCCGCCCAUUCAUUACGAAUCAAAGGUUAUUGGCUACAUCAAGAAUUACGUUCGUCGAUUUUGGCAGCAUAGCGAAGAUCAUCGAGGCACUCCCGAAAAGCCAGGACGAGUCGUAACCCUUAUUCCCGUUGAUGAAUGGAAAACAAUUGAGGAUGUGCAUGGCCAUGAUGAUGUGACAUGGGGUGUCGCUUUCAAGAUUCCAUCCAGUGAUGCGGAAGCAACUCGUGCAUACCUUGAUCAUCGUGAAAAGAAUGGAUACACGGUGCAUACGGUGGAUAUUUACAGCGCCGAGGAUGAUCAAAAGCCCGCUGUGAAAGAUGCACUUGUUUAUAUUGCAACCACUGACAAUGAAGCAUACGUUGGCCCUGCACCUUUGGAACAGAUUGCAAAACAAGUUUACGAGACUUAUGGUCCUUCUGGAUGGAAUGCAGAAUACUUGUUGAAUUUGGCCGAAGCAUUACGAGAAAUAUCCCCUGAAGCACGUGACGACCACUUGUUUGAUUUAGAACGUUUGGUGAAAGAUUUAAUCAAUAACAAGUCCACAUAA